AUGUCUCUAUCAGAGGAUCGAGUUUUUGACGCUAAAGCGCAUUCAUCGGAUGAGGAAGAAGAUGAUGCUCUUUUCAACUCGUCAUCUUUCCGAGCAUUCACACCACAACUCGAUCAUUGCGAACGACAAAUUAUCCGUUGUGUUUUCAAUGACGAUUUGGAAGGCUUCAUCAAUUCUUAUGCUGGACCCUCCAAGCUUCUUGAGAAAAGUAUCCUCCUUGGCGAUUUACAAUACCUCUCUUCGUACAGAGCGAUGAAGUUCCCGAAUUGCUUGAACCAAGCUAACAUCGUGCACAUUGUUUCACUAUUUUCUGCUCAUCGGAUUCUACAGCACCUAUUGGUUGAUUAUCCUGCAGCAAGGAUUUGGAGUACGACUGAAGAAGGAGUCAAUGCCCUCCACAUUUCAGCUGCUGUAGGUGACUAUAUGGCUCUUCGAAUGCUUCUUCAAAGGAAAGAUGCUCCCAUCAGUGAAACGGAUUCGCUGAAGCGAACCGCCUUGCAUUAUGCUGCGGAGGCCAACUUGGAAUCAGUUAUCACUCUUUUGUCCUAUAACAAGGACCUGUUGAAAUGCGUAGACACUGAUGAACUGACACCUCUUGAAUUCAUUCGCUUUGAGGGUCGACCAACAGUGCAGCAGUUUCUCAAAUUGCACACUGAUCUUCUUAAUAAAGACGGAGAGAAUAACCAAGGUUUGGAAAGUAACAACGGGAAGAUCGUCAAUUUGAGACAUUUAAAGGAAAUCCCUUUGCUUCUCGACUCCUACAUCUGCGUUUACCGAGCACAGAGCGAGCAGGACACCAUCUGCGAAAAUUGCAACACCAGAUAUAAUAAUCAUGAAAAAUUGUCCGAAAAUGAAGAGUUUAUGCGUGUUAUGUCCAGAAGAAAGUACGGGUUCAUUCGCCGUCCAACAAAUACUUUCGGCCAAUUUGAGAAGACAUUCUCGCCGUUUGUCAGUCAGUACGUCCGUUUGGUGGAGAAUACAAGCAUGGAGAGGUUAGAAACACUCCUGUUUGAUCUUUGGGGGUUGCCAAAACCAGGCUUGGUUCUCUCCUUCUACGGGACUGAUUCCUUCUCUCCGUCACUUUACAAACUCCUUCAGAAGAGUCUUGGACGCAUCACUAGACAGACCAGAACAUGGAUCUUGACAGAUGGUCGAGAAAAGUGUGCUGGUGACGUGGUUUCGAAAGUUGUGAAAGCCUACGCUGAAGCAUACGGUAUGAAUCAACUACGAGUUAUUUGCCUAGUUCCAUGGCGAAGACUUUACAACUCACAAGUUCUUCGAUGCAGUGACUACAUGGGACGGGAACAAGUGGAUUUUCCUAAAAAGCCCCCAGGAAACGAUAUCAGAAUUCAACUAGCAGAGAACCACACACAUUACAUAUUCCUCGAUUCAAGAGAAAAUCUUAAAGACCUUCCACUUUGCAGAGCUCAGUUCGAAGCUUUCGUUAGUCAUCUUAGUGAUCAAAUUGAUGGGGUGUCCAAUUUUUACGACGACAAGGAACCCCAUAAAUUUGGAUAUAAACAGCGUUCCGCAUUGAGCAUCCCUAAACGUCUCAAUUCACCCUUUCAGCCGCCUAUAGGUUCAAUAACCAACCGUGUACCGGUAUGUGGAAUUCUUAUUGAGGGAGAUCGAUCGAAUUUACCUGGAAUUUCGUAUGCUCUGCGUCAGAACAUACCCUUUGUUGUUAUUUCUGAUACAGGAGGGUUGGCUAAAGCGCUUGAAAUAUUUGUAAAAUUUAUGAAGCAACUACUCCAAGGUGAAGUUAAUGAAACAUUUCAGCUAAAGUGGAGUAACUGCAAAUACAGAUUGCGCAGUCUAAUGGAAAGGGCAAAAGGUGUGGUGGAAUUUGAACCGAGUGACGAGCAGUACCUGUUGGAGAUUUUGGAACGAGCCUAUCUGCUAGAGUUUAUCACCUCUACCUAUGAGGGUGCCACAGAAAUGGAUGCGCGGAUAUUGCAAUCACUUGUAAAGAAAGGUAUAUCCUUUUUUUGCGAUGUAUACUGUAAUUUACAGUGGGCUAAAUCUGUUUCAUAUUCACUUAACUGA